AUGAGCGAGGACGCCUUGCGAUUUGUCUCAACAUCUGUGGGUAGUCGCGAAUCGCAAGCUUCGCCGGGUGUAGGAUCGGUGGAAACUCUGCACCAUUCUCAAGAAGCGCCUACGUACCCUAUGCAUACGUCAGGUGGCAAGGGUGAGGGUAGUGAUUUGACGCCAUUUCACCACAAUCAGCCUCCAGCAGCCUACGCGCCUCCCACAGCCGCGUCGUCUUCACCGAAGAAAGGCAUGAACGAGGCUAGUGCCCCCGCGUCGUCUAUGGAUCCGAGCCUAACAGGUGCACGUCGUAAUGAAGGCGCCCAGACUGGAUACCCUAAUAUGCGACAGGACCAGCACUCAUACCGCUUGGAUCUCUUGCAGACCGACCCCAAUCUGGAGUCAAACGCGUCGUUGCACGGUGAUGCGCAUGAGCAUGAAAAUGUCGCGCGUGCCUUCCCGUUUUUGUCGAACUCGAUGGCACCUCAAGACGGUGAUGGCCGCGCCUCCAUUUUUCCGCCCAACUUUUCGAGUGUCGAUGCCGCUACGCAGGAAGCGGCUGCGGAGGGCGGCAAUCUUGGAUACAAGAAGGCCGACGCGCAUCCCCAAGAAGCUGGAGCGUCGAAUCUGCAUGCCAAAGACUCGCGCGAAGCUUCCUACGACACGCUUUCGCCGCCUGAGAAGAAAGAGACGCCCUACAGUCGCAGUCCCAGCCUUCGUGUGACGCACAAGAUUGCUGAGCGCAAGCGUCGGAAGGAAAUGAAGGACUUGUUUGAUGAGAUCAAGGAGUAUGUCCCCGUCGACCGAGGUCCCAAAACGUCCAAGGGCGACAUUCUCACGAAAGCGGUUCUUCAGUUCCAGACGCUUCAUCGCGAGCGUGAACAGCUGAUUGAGGCGCUAGAAGCUGCGCAUCAUGAGCUGAAUCAACUUCGACAAGUGACCGGGAACGCGGACCAUGCAGCGAAUACGGCCGCUGCGCUACCCCACCAUGUGUAUCCGCCAUCCUCGGCGGCUGCCCCAUACCUAUCUCGCGCCCAGCCGCCGCGUCUCUCUGGCAGUCUCGUGCACGGCAAUCAGGAGCAGCAUCUCUCUUUAGCUCGUGCGGACAAGGGCGAUCUAUCAGCGCAUGCUGCGGCGGGCGCGGCUGCUGUGAGCAUUCCGCCCAGUGCUCCGCGCACGGGUGAGCCGUUCCUCUCUGAUCUGCGCCUAGACCGGCUUCGGCAGACGGACGAUGCUGUGCAUCCGAAUUUCAAGCAACUCGAACACAGCACAGGUGUGUUCCAGCCAGAGUCGUACCAGGCGACGAGUCUUGUGUCGUCCGAGUUGGCAGGCGGUCACGACCCGGCAGCCAUGAGCGCGGCAGAGGCAUCGAACAUGCAUGCCGGACGUGCUGUGACGCGCGAUCCAUCAUUCUCUGCGCAACGGUACAUGCCGCGCGCUGACGCCGGUGAUCUCAUGCAGGACAGUGCGCAUGCCGAGCCGCCCAACAUGUAG